AUGACAUCUACUUUUGCCACCAAGCCAGACGAUUCUGUUGGCUUCAUUCCCUCUGAUGACAUUUGGUGGAAUGCCAGUCUUGGAUAUGCAGAGCCCGGUGGCGGGUAUUAUUCUUCAAUCAAUGACCUCACACGUUUUGGAGAGGCCAUACUGCGAAACGAGGUAGGACUGUCAGCAACUCAGACACGAAAAUGGCUCAAGCCGCUGUCGCAAACAUCCUCCUUGGGUACUCUGAUUGGUGCGCCAUGGGAGAUUUACCGAAUUAGCAACGUCACGACAGAUAGCCGUCUCAUUGAGCUCUAUACCAAAGAUGGUGGUCUCAUUACUUACAAUUCAGUCUUUGCUCUGAUUCCGGAUUAAGAUCUUGUCGCCACAAUUUUGGUCGCCGCUCCACUCGUGGAGAAUGAAGCAACCGCCAUCGAUACCAGGAUCAUAUUCUCGAAACUGUUAGAGUCUCUCUUCCCCGGUAUCGAGGAAGCCGGCAAGGAUGAGGCUGCGCUCACACAUGGCGGAACCUAUCGAGACGAGCUGACGAAUUCGAGCAUCACUCUGACACUGGAUGAUGGUCCAGGGUUCAAUAUAAGCUCGUGGAUUGUUAGGGGUGUGGAUGUCAUUGACUCGUGGUCCGGCUCAGCUUCGUCGCGAACCCAGUUCCCCCGACCGACAGCACGCUGCGUUUUCGACUUUACCCAACCACCGUACAAACUGACAGCCACGCUUCGUGGAGGUCUGUAGCACAGCGAGCUACUCCUGAGACGAUUGCCUUGAUAGAAAGUCAACUGUUGCCGCCCCAGUCUUUGUGUGUCACAUGGGGGCAGUUGGACCGCGCAACCUAUAUGCUGCAAGCACAAGACCAUUGUAUUCACACUGGACAGCCAAGGAAAGGCAACGGUUGUGGAGUUGGUUGCAUACGCCGUGUCCAUGACACGCCAGGAGCAGUAGGUAGCCAGGGUAGAACUUCAUGUCUGUAAUUGUGGUUCAGUGAGGUGGGUUCUUGUCACAAGGUGUAUGAUAUCAAGUAGUCAAAAUGAAGGGGGUGAAGAUUAUUGUCUUUCUCUGGUAUCUCUUGCUCCGAAAGUCCCCAAUUUACACACCCACAAGUGGGCCCAUCAUGCCUUCCCACA